AUGGAACCUCAACUUGACCCAGAAAUAGUUGGGAAGGAGUUCGACAAAUGGCUAGAUUGGGACGCUGUUGCAGACGAGGUUGACGAUAGUUGCGUGAAGCCUGUGAGGCUUACAACAGCGUCCGGACUGCCUAUAUCCCCUAUAUCUACAGCAAACAGCGACUCUUUCAGUACCAACACCAACCAAGCAUCGCUCACCGCUUCUUACAUACAUGACCUGCCAACGCCGACCCACAGCUCCAGUUCCCCGGAGACUGCAUUGAAUUCUUACCGACUGAAUAGGGAGACCGCGCGGGUUGGUUCCUUGCCGAUGCUUCAACAGAACAAUCUGAAGAGGAAGAUAUCAGCCGACGAUGAUUUGGAGCAUGGGUACAAGCCUGUUGCUGGACGGCCGACCGGCAGUAAGAGACCACACAACGUUAUAGAAAAGAGAUAUCGUGCGAACCUGAACGAGAAGAUAUCGGAACUAAGGGACAGCGUGCCCGCUCUAAGAGUUUUGAAAAGAGCGAGAACCAAGAAAGAUGGCAGCGCCAGUAGUGGCGACGAAGAUUUGGACGGCUUGGCUCCCUCUAAUAAACUCAACAAGGCCUCAAUAUUAACAAAGGCAGUCGAAUACAUUCAUCACCUGGAAACUCGUUCUAGAAAGCUUGAAGACGAGAACACUUAUCUGAAAGAUCGUGUUGAGCAACUUGAGAAGAUGCUUGCUGACAAGGGAAAUGGCGCCACUCCAGCUACGGCGUUUACCAGUAACACUGCAACUGAGGAGUCUUCAGAACAACCUGUCGGUGCACAAGGCAGUGAGACUACGGCGAAGCCUGAAGUGAAAGGGCUGAUCGGACUGCCUGACAGCAUGAAGCGCUUACGUGAGUCUCAGCCACAAGAACACUAUGGUCAUGUCUAUGCUACUCCCUUGGAGAAGUCACGCCUCAAAGGCAAGUGGCCUCAAAGAAUUAUGCUCGCGUCUGUGGCUGGAUUAAUGAUCAUGGAAGGUAUCUCGGAGUCAGAUCAGGCAGACGACUCAACAAAACGAGCACUUUUCGGCAUUCCACUCGAGAUCCUUGACGGCUGGCAGUUUCUCAGAUCUCCUCGCCUUUACUUGGCAACCUUUGCAGAGUAUUGUCGUGCUGGCGGUGUGGUACCUUUGUUAAAGGGUUUUAUGACUUUGACCUUUCUGGCCUUUCUCGUCUUCUACUACAUGUUCAAUUCCAAGCCAGCAUCAACCAAGCAACAGGAGGAUGAGCCGAGGCGAAUACUCGAGCCUGCUCGGCCGGCCUCACCAAUUCAGGUGCGGCGGCGGGCAUGGAGCACAAGUAUGCAAGCCCUUGGUUUACCACAUCACAGCUUUUUCCCCGAGUGGUUUGCAGUGACUUCCGAGUGGGUCAACUAUUCUAUCAGGUAUUGGCUUGGUCCUAGUGCCUGUCUGUGGUUGUGCGGGGAGACUGCCGAGGACGAAACAGCCAGAGUGAAGGCCUGGGAUAUUGCAAUUGACGCCCAGCUCGCUGGUGGGGAUACUGAGAUCAGUCACAGCAGAGUCGUACUCACCAUUUUUGGAUCAGGUACACUUCCAGCUACACCUCUACGGUUGAUGAUGAAAGCGAUUCACUGCAAGCUUGUUCUCCACAACGUUGGUCUGGCCGGCACACUAAGUUCAAAUAUCGCCUCGCGACUCGCUUCAUAUUUAGCAGAUCGGCAAUGGCGCCGAGCUCGUCAACUACACGAAGCCCUGCCAGCUCGAGACGCCGACAGAUUGCCUGGAUACCUGAACUACCUAUUGCAGAUGGACUGUGACGAUGUGCUGACCAGCGUUGUCACGCAGAGGGCCUACAAUAUGAUGUACGACCGACCGACAUCUGAGCAUGCUGAGGAUAUUCUACAUGAUGUGGUGGUUGAGGAUCAUGCUAUCAAAUCACCGUUGGAUGCAAUCGCUGCAUGGCUAUCCACAUCACUACUGCACGAAGCUCUCGUCGCAGCAGUGCAAAGCCCAGACGCCACUGACCUACUACGGGAACACAUUCAGGCCGCUCUGGAAAUCGCACCACCCGGAUCAGCAUCGGAAACCAGAGCUCUUGCCGUUCAUGCCGUCCUGAGCCCAGGCAGAAGACACAACUUUUACCUACGAGCUGCCGAUGCAAUCAGAACGAGCACGGCAACUACUGAGAACAUCGCGGAAGCGGGACUCCCAUUUUUUAUUGAUUCCUCUACACCCAAGUCUGCACGACCUGAAAUCGAGACAUGUCUAUCCUGUGCCGAAGUUAUGUUCAAACUGGAGCAGCAGCAGGAUCUGUUGGGCGCAGUCGAAGUCUUGACAAGGAUAAAAUGGCCCGAGCUCGGACUCACGUCCUCCGGCACUUCCGUCCUGCCAAGCAUGUUAUCAGUGGCACCUCUUUUCUUCGUGCUUACACGGCUACUUAGGGCUUCUAGGCAUGCAAGUGACUGCUCCUCUUCCGAUUGUGAAGAUAACAUUCAUCCGCUGCCGCAGUUGACUCUGUUGGCAAAGGAAGUUUACCACUGCCUUCGUGUUGAGGCAUCCAGACUCAAUGCUGCUGCUGAAGGAUGCAAAAGUCAUUUGACUUCUGCAUUGGAUACGGUAUUCAAUAAUUGGGUUGUGAAUCAGGCUGAUAUUUCGAGGCGGCCUAGCAGUGCCAGUCACGACACCGGCUACGGCAGUCUGGAGGACGAGGACGAUUUACAAGGCUCGACGUGCAAACGCGCAACGACUGUUUUCGAACAAAAGAGUACACAUUUCCAGGAGAAGGUUGGCUACCUCGACAAUAUCGUACAUCACCAGCCCUAA